AUUAAGAACAACACCAUCCAACAGCUCUCCUUCUCUCUCCUCCAUUUUGCCAAAUUUUAUUUACACUUUUGAGUAAACUCUGGAAAUAUCCCGCCUUUUCUCUCUCUUACAAACAACAACAAAAAGAAAAACAGAGAAGAAAGAAGAAGGAAAACUAGAGAAGAAAAGAAAGUUUUAUUUUUUAAUAAUAAAACUUAAUUAAUUGCUUAAAAAAUAAUUUUAUUUAAUUAAUCUAUUAUUGAAAAGGGUGGGAAAAUGCAAGAACAAGCUACAACAAGUGCUACUUCUGCUGCUGCAAACUCUUUGCCUUCUAGCAGUGAGAGAUCUUCUGGUUCUGCCCUUCAAUUUGAUAUAAAAGAAGGGAUGGAGAGUGAUGAUGAAAUCCGGAGAGUACCGGAGAUGGGAGGUGAACCAGGAGUAAAUUCCGCUUCCGGCCGCGACACUGGAUCUGCGGCUGGUCCUGACCGUGUUCAAGCAUCAGGACAGAGCCAAAGGAAAAGGGGUAGAAGCCCUGCUGACAAAGAAAGCAAACGUUUGAAGAGGUUGUUGAGGAAUAGAGUAUCAGCUCAACAAGCAAGAGAGAGAAAGAAGGCAUAUUUGAGUGAUUUGGAGACAAGAGUUAAAGACUUGGAGAACAAAAACUCUGAGUUGGAGGAAAGACUUUCUACUCUUCAAAAUGAGAAUCAGAUGCUUAGACAUAUACUGAAGAACACAACGUCAGGUCGCAGAGGAGGUGGUUCUAAUGGUGAUGCAUCCUAAUGACAUUACGAAACAAUACAACCUUGACCAUUAAGUCGCCCUAAUUCAGAUUUCAAAAAGGGUUUGGCAUCAAAAAAGUUUGAAGAUAUUGUAUUAGGCUAUGUUUGACACACCAGCUUGUAGGAGUAUUUUUCUGUUGAAGUUGGGUGUGAGUAGCUUUUGCAACGCUUGGGGCUACUUCUUGGAAAUUAGGAUGCUUUGCUCUGUUGCCUGUGGCGAACAGAGCCUUGGCUUGAAUGUUUGAUGCGGCAGUUAAACACAUGCACCAACGAUGUUGAACAUUGGUCUGGGAUGCUCAGGGCGGCGAGGAUAUACACUAACACAGUAACACUGAGAAAGGGUCUGAACUCUGAGGACUUGAGGAGUAUGAUUCAUAAAGAUGUUCAUUUUCUAACGUAAGGUAAUCAAGGGCGUUCCUACGGGCAUGUCUUGUACUGGAAAUUUCUCCCAAAUGGUAUGGAGAUUCUCAAUUGAGUCGAUGUGAUAUUAUGUGAAUUAUUUUGCAACAUUCAAAGUGUUAACAAACAAAUGUAUGAGAUAUUUCCCUUCAUAAUAUGAGAACUCCAAACCAUCUAGUAUAUGGUCUGUAAA